UUGUGUUAAACCCUGUUUGUAGAACAUGAAGGUGCUAAGCACAGGCGAGCUUCACGUCGCUGAAGGAGUCCUAAAGAAAUACUUACCGAGGAGUUACAAGGUCUACGGUUUCCUCCAUGGUAUUAACAGGAAGAAGCCAAGUACACUGGAGUUUGUCGUCGAUUCGUGGCCAGAUUUCAAAGUUAUCCUCUGCCGUCCUGACCCCAAGAACAAACGGGUCCAAGACUUCGUGAAGAAGGUGAGUUUCUACAGCACGGAUGAAGACGUUUUAAAGAAAAUGCUGAGGGAAGAAAUUGACUGGAGCCCGUUUUUUCUUAUUGGAGGUUCUGACAUUUCUCAUGAACCCACCAUCAAAGAAGUGGCCUUGGAAAACAACGUGAGCCAGAAAAGUUACAUUUGGGUUCGGCUUCUGUAUUUGCCAGACACCAGCUAUCUGCCCACUUCAGAUGUUGACAGUGAGCUUGAAUCGAGGAUUUCAUCUCUGAACCUCUCCCAUGCUGACACGGUGAAUAAAACCUGGAAGUUUGGAGGCGACGAGCGGGGUUACAGGAACAUUAAAAAUCUAAUUAGCAACUUCCUCUCCAUCUGCAUCAUGGACGUCCGAGGCAAGCCGGUGGCCUGGAUACUGAUGUACGAUUUCUGUGCCGUGGGGCUCUUGUACACGCUGCCGGAGCACAGAGGAAAAGGCUACGCCAAAGUUCUGAUCAGCACCAUGGCCAAGAAGCUCCACGCUGACGGCUUUCCAGUGUACUGCUUCAUAGAGGAGGAGAACAUGGUGUCCUAUAAACUCUUCAAAAACAUGGGCUUCGUUGAGGAUUCCUCCUACAGGGCAGUUUGGUUUCAGUUCAACUUUUCAUCCUUUGAAAAAGAUGCUUGGUACAACUGAUUAAAAUAAGCUGAAGUGAUGAACUGAAAGUGUUUUAACACCAUGUCUAAAUAUAAAUAAGAACACAGCUCACAGUCAUCUUAAAAUCCAAUCAGAACUCUCUUUUGUUUCAAGUUUCAUAAUCCUGAAUCAGGAUUUAAAACUGUUUUUGAGGUUUUUGUUGGUUCAUUAAUGGCUUCCAAGGUGAAAAAAAUACAUUAAGUAUACUAAAUCAGUAUAUUUAAGCAUACCUAAAGCCACACUAAUCAUCAGUAUACUUAAAGCAUGCUAUUUUG